AUAUGCGGCUCAUGCGUAUCACAGUCACAACCACAAAACUAUCCGCUUCAGCCAAUUUCAACAACACAGACACCGAUGCAGUGCGUACCAGUUUGCCAACCAAUAUGUCAACCGUCGUGCACGACUAGUUUCAACAACCUUCAAAGCCAAUUUGGGGAAGCAACAGUGCCCUGUGAUUCACAGGUAUGCAUUUGCCCAAGCGGAUACGUAAAAUGCGCGGAGCAAACCUGUUGUUUACGGUACCGUUAUACUUCUCGCAAAGCGAAAAGAGGAUCUCGUUAA